CUUAAAAUAUAUCGAUCAAAUGCUGGCGCUAAUAUUCCGGUCUAGAGUCACGUGGCAACAUAGAAAAGAGGAAAAUUAAAAAUGUUAAGAAAACAGGCCAGACAAAGAAGGGAAUUUUUGUAUUCCAAAGUUGUAAAUGAACGGAUUCGGGAAAAAAAGAAAAAUAUGAAGGUUAUAACUGACACCUUAAAACAAAAUAAAUCCCUUAGACCUUCUAACAUUUUGGACGGAGUAACAGUGUAUAAUUCUCUAAAAUAUGAUGGAGAUAUGGAAAAUGGAAACAUAACUACUAUUGAUGAAUACAAGUAUGCUGGUUGUCAGGAUCCGAAAAUUAUGUUAACGACAUCCCAUGAGCCCUCUUCACGCUUAAAAAUGUUUGUGAAAGAACUUAGACUGAUAUUUCCUAAUGCUCAACAAAUGAACAGAGGAAAAUAUCAAUUGAAAACCUUAAUGGAAGCCUGUAGAGCUAAUAAUGUUACAGACUUUAUAAUAGUACACGAGCAUAGGGGCAUUCCAGAUAGUCUUGUGAUAUGCCAUUUGCCAUUUGGGCCAACGGCUUUUUUUAAUAUAACAGAUGUUACAAUGCGUCAUGAUAUUCCUGAUAUUGAACCUAUGAGUGAACAGAAGCCGCAUUUAGUUUUCAGUAAUUUUAAGAGCAAUAUUGGCUUAAGAGCUGUACAAAUUUUAAAACAUUUGUUUCCGGUACCAAAAGAAAAGUCUGAAAGAGUUAUCUCGUUUAUUAACAAUGAAGACAACAUUUCAUUUAGACACCAUCAAUAUAAGUAUAUAAAUAAAGAAAUCAAAUUAAAGGAAGUUGGGCCCAGAUUUCAAUUGAAGUUGUAUCAGAUUAAACUUGGAACAUUGGAAAAUAUCAAAGCUGUCGAUACAGAAUGGGUUAGUCGUCCGUACUUAAAUACAAAUAUCAAAAAUUUAGUUUUUUCAAAUAUAGAUAUAUUUCAUAAUAAAAAGUCGCUGACUACUGCGUUGCGCUACCGCGACGGUUAUCGUGUGGAGCUUAUUAAAACCUAA